AGGAGAAACCUGUAAAAAAUAUCAAGAUUUAUUCCCAUCAGUAACUAUGUAUUACUCCACUUAUAUGAUAAGUAAUUAGACCCCGCAAAUGUCUUAUAGAUUAAAUCAAGUUGAUUCUGACUUCUUUCAGAGGCAAGAUAAGAAGGAUUCUAAACUGAAGAAAUUUCCAAAAUGUUAUAAAAUUUCAGUUGAUAUUGAAAAAGUUAAUUUGCCAAUUAUAAAAGAUUGGAUUCUGGAAUCAAUUAGUGAAUAUUUAGAUGAUGAUGAUAUAGUGAAAGAGUAUAUUUAUGAAUUAUUGAAUGUUGAAGGUGGUAAUCCUGAUAUUAAAGCUAUACAAACUCAAGUAUCUGAUUUUUUAGGUCAAAAUGAAGCACAGAUCUUUUGUGAAAAGUUAUGGAAAUUACUUAUAGAUGCUCAAGAAAAUAAAGACGGGAUACCGAAAGAGAUUUUAGAUAAGAAGGUUAAACAACAAGAGGAGAUAAAGAGAUUUGAAAUUGAAAUGAAGAAAAGAUUACAAGAAAUACCACCCCCUGAGAUAACAGAAUCUAAAAAGACUAAGACUAAUUAUAAUAGAAGUAGCACUAAUAGUAAUAAUGAUGAUACAGGUAACAAUGCUCCAACCGAGCAUCAACAUGCCCAUCAUCACCAUCAUCAUCAUCAUCAUCAUGAACCAUCCCCCAUCCCUAUAGAUCCUAAUGCUAAUCCAGCUAAUAGAAUUGGUAAAUAUCAAAUUAUUAAAACAUUAGGUGAAGGAUCCUUUGGUAAAGUUAAAUUAGCUCAACAUUUAGUUACUGGUCAAAAAGUUGCUCUUAAAAUUAUUAAUCGUAAAACUUUAGCAAAAUCAGAUAUGCAAGGUAGAGUUGAAAGAGAAAUUUCAUAUUUAAGAUUAUUAAGACAUCCUCAUAUUAUUAAACUUUAUGAUGUUAUUAAAUCAAAAGAAGAAAUUAUUAUGGUUAUUGAAUUUGCUGGUAAAGAAUUAUUUGAUUAUAUUGUUCAACGUGGUAAAAUGCCUGAAGAUGAAGCUCGUAGAUUCUUUCAACAAAUUAUCGCAGCAGUUGAAUAUUGUCAUAGACAUAAAAUUGUUCAUCGUGAUUUAAAACCAGAAAAUUUAUUAUUAGAUGAUCAAUUAAAUGUUAAAAUUGCCGAUUUUGGUUUAUCAAAUAUAAUGACUGAUGGUAAUUUUUUAAAGACAAGUUGUGGUUCACCAAAUUAUGCUGCACCAGAAGUUAUCUCGGGUAAAUUAUAUGCUGGACCUGAAGUUGAUGUUUGGUCAUCAGGAGUUAUUUUAUAUGUUAUGUUAUGUGGUAGAUUACCAUUUGAUGAUGAAUUUAUUCCUGCUUUAUUUAAAAAAAUUAGUAAUGGGGUAUAUACAUUACCUAAUUAUUUAAGUGCUGGAGCUAAACAUUUACUUACAAGAAUGUUAGUGGUUAAUCCAUUAAAUAGAAUAACAAUUCAUGAAAUUAUGGAAGAUGAAUGGUUUAAAAAAGAUAUUGAAGAUUAUCUUUUACCACCAGAUUUAUCUAAAACAAAGCAUAAUAAGAUUGAUAUAGAUGAAGAUGUUAUUAGUGCUUUAACAUUAGCAAUGGGUUAUGAUCGUGAUGAAAUUAUUAGUGUUAUUGAAAGAUGUAAUAAGAGUAGUUCACCACAAGAACAAAAUAAUGAAAUUCUUGAUGCUUAUCUAUUGAUGAAAGAAAAUCAUACAUUAGUAAAAGAUUUAAAGAAAUCAAAAGCUGAUCAAAUUGAUUCUUUCUUAUCAACAUCUCCACCUCCAGCAUUUACUGCUAGUUCAACUAGUACUGCUCCAGGUGUUCAACAAUCAGUUACUUAUCAAACUUUAGCAACUGUACCUGAUUUAUCAACAUUACCAACAUCUACAAUUGCUAUUUUACCAUCAUCUUUACCAAGUAUUCAUAGAGCAUAUAUGAUGGAAACUAAUAGUCAAGCAGCUAUAAAUCCAGUAUCUACCAAAAAACUGAAAACUAGAUGGCAUUUUGGUAUUAGAUCAAGAUCAUACCCAUUAGAUGUUAUGGGAGAAAUUUAUCGUGCACUUAAAAAUUUAGGAGCUGAAUGGGCAAAACCUACAGAAGAAGAAUUAUGGACUAUUAGAGUAAGGUGGAAAUAUGAAGCAUGUGAAGUUGAAAAUGCACCUAAUUUAAUGAAAAUGCAAAUUCAAUUAUUUCAACUAGAGCCAAAUAAUUAUUUAGUAGAUUUUAAAUUUGAUGGUUGGGAAACUCAAUUUGGAGAUGGAGCUUCUAAUGAAUUCUCUAAUCAAGAUGCUGAUGAAGUUAGUUCAUUUUCAGCCUAUCCAUUCUUACAUUUAUCUACUAGAUUAAUUAUGGAAUUGGCAGUUAAUAGUCAGAGUGCAUAA